AUGAAAAUAUACGUUUAACCAAGCAGUACACAUACAACAGCUUAAUAGAUAGAUAGUUGUGAUAAAAACCAAAAUAUUUAGCUAAAUAUUUUGAAUUUGCGGCAUUGACUAUACACAUAUAAUGAAUAUGUGUAAUAUGCAUGGAUAGAAAUCAACUUUGUUGGAGAGGAACGCCACGUUUAAAGGUCAAAUAUUCUAGUUAAAAAUGGACGGUGUUGAGGAGCAGAACAGAAAGAAAAGAUAUCGAAAUUGGAUCAAGGGUGGUUUAGGGUUGAAAUAUCUGAAGAAUGGAUUGGAGGAUUUUUGUGAUGAAAUGGUGAAGCAACAACAUCGUAAUUUGAAGAAAACUGUUGAAGAAAAAAUAAACGUCUCCGAUAUCCAAUGCAGCAGCUGUAAUGUCAGCACUUUACAACCUAAUCAUGUUAAAGUAAAAGGAAAAUGUCCUCUCUUUCAUAUCAAAUGUAAUUGUUUGCAUCCAGGAGGUAAUAAAAUGUGCCCACACAAUGUUUGUGGUGUCAUGUACGAUGAGAUUAUUAGACUACAUGCGUCUAACCCACCUUGUCCAAACUGGAAGAAUACAAACUCAAAACGAUGGUGUACAGAUCCUUGGUCAGUCGCAAAAUGUUUCAUCAACGCAUCAGGAUAUGAAGAAAAGAGUUCUGCAUCAGAAAUAGAUUGCUCCGGUCUACUUCAUGUCUUCUUGAAUAGCAAAGGAAUGCGUUCGUUACUAACAUUUUCCAGCACUGGACCAAAUGUUUUUGCUAAGGCUCUCCAAUCGAGAAACUUUAUUCUACAUUCUGCAAAAAUGGAAUUAAGUGAUGAAGAAGUGAAAGAACACAUUGAAAAUAUGAUCGAUGUGCUCAAAGAAUGUACACAACUGAAUUCAAGAAAGGAAGCAUCUGAGGCAAUAGAGAAUCUCGUUCAGAUUCAAAAUCAAGAUAUAUCAUUUUCAACCCAGACAGAAGGAGAAAUUCUUCAAUCUGCAAAUGCAGCGAUGGAAAAUCGUAUGAAAGAUAUGGAAGAGAAAAUGGUAGAGAUUCAGAACGAGCUGGUAGAAAUAAAGAAUGCACGUGUUUUUCAGCAAGAGCACAUCAGCUAUUUGAACAAAAAACAAGCUUUUCAACAAGGUUUGAUUAACCUUUACAUGGAAAGAGUUGUAAAAGUUUCUCCGUUGCCUCUGCAAUCCGAUCGGCACUGCACAGAUAUUGGCCAACUUUAUGCCAGUCCUUGGAUGACAUUUUCAUUAAUAGACGAAAACUUAGAUAGAGAUGAAAGAAACGUUUCGGUGUCAAGGGAUGUUCUAGUCAAGUCUUCUAAUGAUAUUUUCUACAAAAACGGAACGAAGAAUCCAAAACGUUUAUAUAUUAGGGGCAGCAGGCUCAGGAAAAAGUGCAUUCUGCAAAUAUAUUGUACACGCUUGGUGCUUAGCACACUUACAGUGCAAUGGAAACGAUCCCCAAGCACUCGUUGUAAGAGAUGAAU